AUUAUGUUGUCUUCCAUAAGAAAAAAAUGUUGCUUCGGUUGGCCAUAUAAUAUGUCCACACAACACAAUAUAUACUGUCAAAUUAAUAUGCGUGAUAUAUAUACAUAAUAUAUACAAUAAUGUUUCACCUUUUUGUACAAAAAACGAGUGGGUGUAAAAAUGGUUUCACUACGAGAACUCACAGAGCAACGAGGUAACCAGGGCAGAGAAGGAGAGGAGGAAGGGGUUUUAGCCGUGGAGCCUAUCACUAUGAUAGUGCCACCGGAGUUGCAGGAUGUACCGGAAACAGUGGCGUCUGAGAGCAGCGCCAGUUCCCGCGCCAGAGACGACGGUGACGACCACCCUAGUGCAUCGCCAAGCAGCUCGUCUACGGAAGAGACACCCAGUCGUGAAGAGGGGGCGGGGGAUUUGGUGAGCAGUGUCUCAGACCGGCCGGUUAUUGGGGAAUGGGAAAGUGCGACGAUCCCGGGUAGGUGGAGUAACCUACGGAAAGUGCCGAAGGACCUGCCCGAUGGAUUCAGGUUCAAGGCUGCACUUCAUCACGAAGUAGCAGAUUGUACGCCCUCCAUAAGUGGGUAUAAAUGGCUGGAGGAGAUGGUGAGGGCGUACCACAUCCCCAAGACCAUAUUGCUGCGGACAGGCGGGCAGAACGAAAGAGCGUUACGAGCUGGCGCUGACGCAGCUAACACCCAACAGCAUAAGGUUCAUCAUAGGCUUUAUGCUGUUGUGCGCAAGAUUGGAGGUGCCAGCUAAAGCAAUAGUGUUCAGGUCGCUAUUCCAGUGCCGGUUGUGCCCGAACUCACGAGGAGCGAAGUGGUAUUAC